GAAGGGGGACUCAUUCAUGUUUUGCCUCUAGCUGUUACAAGUCCAGUCGAACGAAUAGUAUACGCUUGUGCAGCACGAAUGUUGCGAGCCGUUUAACCUCGGACUAAAUCGAAUCGCAUUGCAAAACGUAAAUCACGUCAACAACGCAAGCCGCAAGACGUAGGACGCGAGACGUAGGACGCAGGACGCAAUACGUAGGACGCAGGACGCAAGACGUAGGACGCAGGACGCAAGACGUAGGACGCAGGAGGCAAGACGUAGGACGCAGGACGCAAGACGCAAGACGUAGGACGCAAGAUGCAAGACGUAGGACGCAAGACGCAAGGACGUAGGACGUAGAACGUAGGACGUAGAACGUAGGACGUAUGAUAAAGAAGAUAGAACGUGGAGAACGCAAGGACACAAAAAAUACAGUGCGAGAUAGAGCGUGUGUAGCGAUCGAGUAGAACGUAAUUGUUUCGGCGAGCGUGCAACGUCAGCCACGUUGCUGUUCACUGCCGGUGAAUGUGUUUUCUCAUUGAGUGCGAUAACGCGAAGAACCGGAAAAUUCAGUUUCACGUUCGAAAGAACGAGUUAGAUUGGAAGCUCUGUUUGGAUUCGUUGGAUGGGCAACCGCGAUGCAACCUUUGCAAAGUGUUCCGACUUUUGUAAAGUGACGUUUAGUUUUUGAUCGUUAUAAGAGCGAACGUAUCGAACGAUCUCGUUCUUCUAUGGAUUUUACUGCUACGUUAUGUAUCCAGCAUCGAUAAACAAAGUCGACAAGUACACAUUUUGACUAAUUUGUGCGAUCGAGUUGGAAGCUGUAAGAAACAAGUUGAAAGCUCUAGAAAGAAUGUUUUGAAAGCAUUAUUAAAUUCUACGAUAUUCGGUAUAUAGAGUAUCGUUAGGUUUAUUGGAACGGCAUAAGAAAGGACGAGAGUCAACUAGUCGUUCGAUAGACGGUAGAUAGUGGUCGAAUGGAUAGUAGUACUGUAUGCAUAGAUGGACGAUGGAGAAGGAAUAAUACUUGCGACGAACAGCAGUGCUGCUACUAAUAUAGCUGCUCAUAUAUAGUGAGAUAUAUGAACGCGUAUGUAAAUUUACACGCAUAUGCUGUUCCUCAUGUCCGAAUGUAUUGCGUGGUUAAUGCUGUUAUCUUGAUUUCUCAUUUUCCAUUCUAUUCGAUAAUCGGCAACUGCAUUGUUUACAUCGUGGUCUGGAUAUUUGUUGGAUGAUCGGUGAUCGUCGCGAGAGGCAGGAAGGAUCGCGUGCGCGCGAAAGGAUGGCCGAUUUGAUCUGUUUCUUGCUAGCAAUGUUCGGGCAAUUGCUGGUUCGCGAGAGCAAGGGUAGUCUCCUUGGCGUAGAGCUCGAUGAAACCGGUGAAAAAUUUCUCAACGAGUAUUUGUCUCUCGAUGAUGGCAAGCAUCUGGCCGAGUUACAGGAGUUUGAAGAUACAGCGAUCGAACUCGAUUUGAUCGAUCAGAAAGAGAAACAUCGACCGACGUUACAUCAGCCGCCCAGGGUGCUCUACCAAAUCGGGGACAGCGAAGACGAAUUGCCCGAGUGUUUGGACCGAAGCCAAGUUUGUAGCAAGGUGGAUUUAUACGGAUCACCGUGGGUCGAGAGACAAUGUCGUUGCCCGGAUGGUCGUACCUGCCCCAGCAGUUUGCACGGAGACGACGGCCACACGAUAGUCGAUAAAACAAGGCAGUACAAGCUUUGCGAGCCGGUGAAACGUCUACCCAUCUGUCGUUACUUCAAAGACGUCACCUGGACUUUAGCUCCUGGAGGGGGCCCGGCGAACGCGACGGUUCAGCGAGUUUAUUGCCGAUGUCGGCCAGGCAGCGUACCUUAUCUAGUUCGAAGGCAGGCUUACAGGUCUGCGGAGGGAAGCCCAGGUUUUAUAUACGCAUUCGCCUGUUCUCCGCAAAGCAGACUUCGUUGUCAGCAUAAGGAACCUUGCCGACUGUUCACCGUACGAAAGAGACGGAGCUCGCAACUCGAAGAGGUAAAUGCAUCGCCUCUUUGCCAGUGUCCAAAAGGUCAUCGAUGUCCAAGGAGACACACAGAUCCAGGAUCGCUGCCAGCAAGAUCUUACUCCGGCAUCUUGGAGAUUAAAACGUACAGCGGAUACUGCGUACCUUCGCAGUCGCAUCAUUCCGAAGCGGUUUAUAACGUGUGACUAGCAGCAGUUUCAAAGGUGUCGCGCUAACGUAUCACGAAACGAGGGAGAAGUUGAAUUUGUGAUAUUUGCGGCCGUACGCGCAUAGUCCAAUUCGAAAACUUUCAAAGCGUUCUCUAGACUCUCUAACGAGCACGAACAGAAGCUGAUGUUUGCUUCGAGGCACCUAUAAGACUAUUACUAGGUAAAAUUAUUAGUGGUUGCCUCGACUGAUUUCCGUUCGUUCGGAGUUUUAAAUAUAAGUUUACCGUCCAUUCGUAGAAACCUAUGAAACGUAUUAAAAGUUGAAACUUGCAACA